AUGGGAAAUCAGAACAAUGUCACAGAAUUUGUUUUCAUGGGACUGUGGAGAAAUAAGCAAAUAGAGCUUCUUUUCUUUUUCUUCUUCCUGAUUUGCUACCUGGCAGUCUUAAUGGGGAACUCCAUUAUUUUACUCACGAUCACCCACAGUCAUCUAAUUGAACAACCAAUGUACUACUUCCUCUGCCAUCUUUCCCUCACGGACAUCAGCUACACCUCCACUGUGGUUCCCCGCCUAAUCAAGGACCUGGCUGCAGCAAGAAAAAACAUUUCCUAUAACAGUUGUAUGACCCAGCUCUUUACUGCCCACCUUCUGGCAGGUGUGGAAAUAUUCAUCUUGGUGGCCAUGGCCUUCGACCGCUACGUAGCUAUUGUCAAGCCCUUGCACUACAUGGUCAUCAUGAACCGGAAGAGGUGUAACUUGCUGGUUGCUGUGGCAUGGAGUUUGGGUUUCUGGCAUUCUAUUGCCCUCCUGCUUAUGGUACUCAGUUUACCUUUCUGUGGUCCCAAUAAGAUAAAUCAUUACUUAUGUGAUGUGAAGCCUCUUCUACAGUUAGUUUGCAAAGAUAUUUAUGUUGUUAGUAUCUUGGUGAUUGCUAAUUCAGGGAUGGUAGUGGUUGUAAUUUUUCUUAUCCUGGUGGUUUCUUAUAUACUCAUUUUAUACCAUCUUAGGAAGAUGUCCUCUGCAGGGCGAUGCAAAGCUCUCUCAACAUGUAGCUCUCAUGUAAUGGUUGUAGUUUUAUUUUUUGUGCCCUGUAUCUAUACCUAUGUGCUACCUGCAGGUAGUGAGAAUAAGGAUAAGGAAAUCUCUGUGUUUUACACUGUGAUUGCUCCCAUGCUGAAUCCUCUCAUCUACACCCUGAGAAAUAUGGAGAUGAAAAUUGCCAUGCAGAAAAUCUGGUCUCAAAUGUCACAUUCAGACUCAAAGUAA